UGUGGCCUCUGGUCUUUCAGACGCUUAUGAUGCGCUGAAAGGUUGUCCUCUGCUCGGCGCUUUCAGCACAACUGUUUAAUGUCUCAAUUCGGGCCGAGGAGCUUACUUGCCACUUUCUGGUGACAAGGUGUGAGUCCCGCCUGCAGUUACAACGAUCACUGACGUAGCAGCGUGGCCAGGUUGCAGAGCUCCCCUCUAACCUCCGCCACCCCCCCUCCCUCCCUCCCCGGUGCCUCCCUGCAUGACCUCAGAGCACAGACCCACGGGGGGAAGCAGCCCCUCCCUCGCCCCGGACCCGGUUGCCGUCCCGUCAUUCGACUCGUCUCCUGUCGAAGAAUCGUCUGAGUCUUUUUCCACGAAGGAGCCGGAACACUUCAGCGUGGAUCGGUGGAGGUGUUGAAGAGCCCCCGCCUACACCCCCUUCCUGUUUUCACCUCUUAUAUCUAGGAAUAUAUCCUCUUUUUUUUUUUUUCUCGUGGUCGACGUCCGGUCCCACGGCCGGUGUGACUUUUCAAACCUGGGGCGCGACUCGUGGGAUGCAACCAUGUCGGAUCUCAGCGAGCGCAGGCCGGUCAACGCGGACUACGCCGUCUCCCUGCUGGAGCAGCUCAAGUUCUUCUACGAGCAGAAGCUACUGACUGACGUGGUGCUGCUGGUGGAGGACAGCGAGUUCCCGUGUCACAAGAUGGUCCUCGCCACGUGCAGCUCCUAUUUCAGGGCGAUGUUCAUGAGCGGCCUCAGCGAGAGCAAGCAGACCCACGUCCACCUGAGGAACGUGGACCCGGCCACCCUGCAGAUCAUCAUCACCUACGCCUACACGGGCCACCUGGCCAUCAACGACAGCACCGUGGAGCCGCUCUACGAGACCGCCUGCUUCCUGCAGGUGGAGGACGUCCUGCUGCAGUGCAGAGACUACCUGGUGAAGAAGAUCAACGCCGAGAACUGCGUGCGCAUGCUGAGCAUCGGCGACCUGUUCAGCUGCAGCGAGCUGAAGCAGAGCGCCAAGCGCAUGGUGGAGCACAAGUUCCCCAUGGUGUACCGGCAGGAGGCCUUCCUCCAGCUGUCCCACGAGCUGCUGGUCGACGUGCUGAGCAGCGACAACCUCAACGUGGAGAAGGAGGAGACGGUGCGCGAGGCGGCCAUGCUGUGGCUGGAGUACAACAUGGAGGCGCGCUCGCAGCACCUGUCCUCCGUGCUCAGCCAGAUCCGCAUCGACGCGCUGUCCGAGGUGACGCAGCGCGCCUGGUUCCAGGGCCUGCCGCCCAACGACAAGUCGGUGGUGGUGCAGGGCCUCUACAAGUCCAUGCCCAAGUUCUUCAAGCCCCGGCUGGGCAUGACCAAGGAGGAGAUGCUCAUCUUCAUGGAGGCCAUGUCGGAGACGCAGGGCGACGGCUACGUGAUGUCCGGCUCCCUGCCCACCACCGUGGUGUGCUACAGCCCGCAGGCGGAGAAGGUGUACAAGCUCAACAACCCCCCCGGCGACCUGCAGAAGGUGGGGACCCUGGUGACGCCGGACAACGACGUGUUCAUCGCCGGCGGGCAGAUCCCCCUCAAGAACUCCAUCACCAACCACGGCAAGAGCGGGAAGCUGCAGGCGGUGUUCCGCUCGGUGGACAGCUUCUUCUGGUUCGACGCCCAGCAGAACGCCUGGGUGCCCAAGACCCCCAUGCUGUGCGCCCGGAUCAAGCCCUCGCUGGUCCACUGCGAGGGCUACAUCUACGCCAUCGGCGGGGACAACGUGGGCGGCGAGCUCAACAAGCGCACGGUGGAGCGCUACGACUGCGAGAAGGACGAGUGGAGCAUGAUGAGCCCGCUGCCCUUCGCCUGGAACUGGAGCACGUCGGUGGUGGCGCACGACUGCAUCUACGUGAUGACGCACGACCUCAUGUACUGCUACUUCCCCCGCGCCGACACCUGGGUGGAGAUGGCCAUGCGCAAGACCAGCCGCUGCUUCGCCUCCGCCGCCGCCUUCGGCGACCUCGUCUUCUACAUCGGCGGCCUGCACGUGGUCAGCAACUCCGGCGUCCGCCUGCCCACCAGCACCAUCGACGGCUCCUCCGUCACCGUGGAGAUCUACGACGUCGGCAAGAACGAGUGGCGCCAGGCCGCCAACAUCCCCGCUAAGCGCUACUCGGACCCGUGCGUGCGCGCCGUGGUGCUGCUCAACUCGCUGUGCAUCUUCAUGCGCGAGACCCACAUGAACGAGCGCGCCAAGUACGCCAUCUACCAGUACGACAUGGAGCUGGACCGCUGGUACCUGCGGCAGCCCGUGUCGGAGCGCGUGCUGUGGGACCUGGGGAAGGACUUCCGCUGCGCGGUGGGGAAGCUGUACCCCUCCUGCCUGGAGGAGUCCCCCUGGAAGCCCCCCACCUACCUCUUCUCCCCCGACGUAGCCGAGGAGUUCGAGGUGGACGGGGAGCUGGUGACCCUCCCCCAUGUAUAGCUCCUAACCGCCGCCCCCGGGAUCCGUAACGCUGGGGGAGGAUCUGAAGUACCAGAGGGUUUUGACGUUCCGUGUUGUGGAGCGAUCUUUGGACUGUUGGGAGGCUGCCGUUAGCCCCUCCCCCCCCCCUCCUCUGACCACACCCCCUAAAAAAAAGCCUGGAGCAAAAAAAAAUCCCCCUUUAAAAAAAUACUAGUAAUCUGCAAGUUUGUUUCCUUAUUUUGUCAGUUGUGGCAUCUGUUAGUAAUUACGAAGUCUGUCAUACUGUUUCUACUACGUCAUGACCUGAAAACAUCAGCUGAUUUUGUAUUGAUGAUGAUGCACUUCAAUAGUAAACCUUCUCGGAACGAUGGCAACUGUACCAAAAUGCCCCGCCCCCUCUCCCCGUCUUUCUCUCCCCCGUCUUUCUCUCCCUCUUCUCUCACCACUGAUAUCACGUAGAAACUUUGUGCUCCUUUGUGGCAGGAAGGCAGUUUACUCCUCGACAUCAAGUCUCUCCUGUUGCUGAACUUCUUGUGGCUAUUUUUUGAUAUUGAACAUGACAGUUUCUAUUACUCACAAAAAUUUGUGAUUUGAACGUGUGGGAGGGGGAGUAAUAUUAAAAUAAUGCCUCACGGAACUCGUGGUAGAGUUUCAGGAUGUGGUUCAGUUGUUAUCGUGUGACAAACUCCAUCUGCUAAUUUUCCAGUAAGUGGACUUUGGUGCUAAGAAUUAUGAUCAAACUACUGAUUAAUCAUCAAUAACGAGUCUUUAACCCUAAAUGUUGUCACAUGGUAGUAAUUAAACUUAUGAGCGCCGUGCAAACCUACAAAGAGCAAUAACCCCGCUGGUUGGACCUCGUGUCCAAUUGUUUCAGUGCGUUUUUUCAGCUGCUAAAGACUAAAAAUUGCAUCGAUGAUCACUUUUUUUUUCUUUUUUUUUUCGAUUAAUCUCACCCCAAAAGAUGUAAUUCUCCGAACUGGUCUGCCCGGCGUGAUGAAAAAAAUUAAAAGCCUGGGCUUGUUGUCAUAGAUUUGCUUGAGCUACGAUUUAAACGGCGAUUGGUCGAAGGAAAGCGAAACGGGGACUAUUUCCUCGGGCGUAAAAUGUCCAAACAUUUUCCGACGUGAGGAUUUGCAGUUUAUUUCUGUUUUUUUUUUUUUUUCUUCAUUUUUGUGAAUUGACAGUUAAGUGACAUUUCAGCUUUUUUUUCUGACUAUCUUCCUCCACAAAUGAGCGAAAAGUUCUGCCAGCUGCAUUUCUUCGGAACCGGGGGGGUUAAAGAGGGUGACUGCAGGUCCGGUCUCCCUCCACCUUCCUCUUGACUCCACUACAGCGCCUCCCGCACAGCAGUUCACACCUCACUCAAGUCCAUCCUCACCUGGUCAUGGAUACUUUUACGACUCAACUCUGUUUCUGGGCUCAUGCCUUCUUUAUUUUGUUAUUUCCAAGCUGCUGAAAUAUAUAUUUUUCAUAUGUUUCAAAAAGACAACUGUUUUAGUGUGGGGGGAAAUAACCAGGUCUAUUUUGUAUUGUUUUUUUAUUAUUUAAUAUUAAACAUUACUGUAGUGUGAUUGUGGGUAGAUUUUCCAUUUUCCUAUCAGAUUUAAUUUGAGUGAAUAUUGAGGUUUCUUGCUGCUGAUUGGUUGUGAGAGGAGAGGGCGGGCCCACGGCUGUUGCUACGUCCUUGCAACCACUAGCAGUAGUGGAGGGGGUGGGGAGGGUGGGGUCCUCCUCCUACCUGUAAAAACAUGAGCACAGGUGCUUCAUGACGAACCUUACUAGCAUGUUUGGCUGCAUCAUAUUCCUUUGGCACUGUAUUUUGAAUGAACGUUAAUUUAUUAAAAAACAUACCAAAAACGUUCCUGAAA